AUUCAACUGCCUUCUUUCUCCCUCAGAGCUCUCUCUUCCCUCUUUCUCCCAGCGACCCGAGGCUGAGAUCAACAGAUGAGGAUGUUGGGCUUCACCUCCCUAUUCCAUUUCCUCCUCCUGAUGCUUCCCCUCUGUCCCGCGCCGCUGUUUGCCCAGGAGGUGCUUGUACGUCUGGCAGGCAUGGGCCACCGCAGUUCACACGAGGGGCGUGUAGAGGUUUUCUACAAUGGCGAGUGGGGAACAGUGUGCGAUGAUGAGGUCGACCUGAACUUGGCCAACGUAUUGUGCCGCCAGCUGGGCUUCGAGCGGAGCUUCACCUGGGCGCACAGCGCCAAGUACGGUGAAGGACAAGGUCGGAUCUGGCUUGACAAUGUGCGCUGCAAGGGCUCAGAGCUUUCCAUUGCAGAAUGUCAGUCCAAUGGUUGGGGCAUCAACGACUGCACCCAUGCAGAGGACCUUGGUGUCGUAUGCAGCCCUCAGAGGAGGCCAGGGUUUCCCCCAGCAGAGGAGCCUCACUCCACAUCGCCCUCCAGAAGCCAGCCAAGAGAAAGAAACCCACGCCCUCAGUCUCCCCCAAACCACAUCUCCUCCUCUCUAGGAAGAGGCCAUCAGAUCGCUCUCCAUCGCAACCCCACAAACUCCCGUCAGAGCAGACUUUCACCCCAGGAGAACGGUCACGAGAUCCAGAUCUUGCGGCGGAAUCGGGUCACCUCCAGACCCAGCCAGCCAACCAAUUCCGGGCUGCCGCAAGGACACCAGCUUCCGUCGAGUCUGGCAACUGGAGGGAGCAACAGACAGAGACAGGAGACCUCGAGAAGAGAGGCUGAGACGCAAGAGAACAGGCAGUCACAGCCACGCUCCCAGCCCCCACCGGAUCGCCGUCCUCAGCCUGCCAGUCUCAGCGGGAACCACGUUGACCCUGAGUUGGUCUACCCUGAUAUGGACCAUGACACAAACACUCACUCAAGUCAGGGGUCUGAAUGGACCCAGUUGGAGGAGGCCCGUCUCAGGCCUGUGCUCUCCAGCAAUCAUGGCGGCCUGGUGUCGGAGGGAGUGCUGGAAGUGAAGCAUGCUGGGAGAUGGCGUCACGUGUGCAGCCAAGGUUGGGACCUCCGCAGCAGCCGUGUCGCUUGUGGCAUGUUAGGGUUCCCAUCAGCCGAAGGAUUCGACCAAAAUGCCUACAGGAAACUUUGGGACUCAAAGAUGGCUGAUCCGUCAUCAAGACUGCGGGCCUUGACCAGUAAAAAGGCCUACUGGGUGGAGAAGGUGCACUGCCAGGGCAACGAGAUCUCCUUGUCCCAGUGCAAGACUCAGCUGUCCAUCCCCAGGAGUGCCUCACCAUGCCAUGGAGGCAUGCAUGCAGUGGUCCGCUGCGUCCCUGGAUCCCAGUUCUCCCGCUACGGCAGAGCACCUGCCCCCCCCACGGUACCGCCUGUCGUGCGACUCAAAGCCGGGCCCCGUCUGGGCGAGGGUCGUGUGGAGGUGCUGAAGGAGGGGAAGUGGGGAACCGUGUGUGAUCACCUGUGGGACAUCACUGCUGCCAGCGUGGUCUGCAGGGAGCUGGGCUUCGGGACGGCCAAGGAGGCACUUACCAGGGCUCAGCUGGGACAAGGCACCGGUCCGAUCCACAUGAACAGUGUCCAGUGCACAGGCAGAGAGAAGUCCAUCACGGAGUGUCAGUACAGACCAGUGCCACUGUACACGUGUAAACACAACCAGGAUGUGGCAGUCCGCUGCAACACUCCCAACGUCGGCCUGCGAGCUACGGUGCGUCUAGCUGGAGGCCGUGGGUCUUCCGAGGGCCGAGUUGAGGUCCUGAUGGAGGUGGGCGGAGAGAAGCGCUGGGGGUCCGUCUGCAGUGAGAACUGGGGAAUCAAUGAAGCCAUGGUUGUCUGUCGCCAGCUGGGGUUAGGAUUCGCCUCCACUGCUCACCAGGAGACUUGGUACUGGCCCGGCUCAAGCGAUGCCAGGGACGUGGUUCUCAGUGGAACCCACUGUAUCGGCACUGAGAUGUCCAUCCAGCAGUGUCGCAGGAACACACACGUCUACUGUCCCAGAGGAGGAGACGGCCGAGCUGCUGGAGUCACCUGUGUGGAGACUGCUCCUGACCUGGUCCUGGAUGCCCAGCUUGUCCAGGAGACAGCCUACCUGGAGGACCGGCCGCUCCAUCUGCUGACCUGCGCCAACGAAGAGAACUGUCUGUCCUCCUCAGCAGCCAGGAUGAACUGGCCGUACGGACACCGCCGCCUGCUUCGCUUCUCCUCCCGCAUCAUGAACCUCGGUCGGGCGGAUUUCAGACCCCGGGCCAGCAGAGAGAGCUGGACCUGGCACCAGUGUCACAGGCACUACCACAGCAUCGAGGUGUUCACCCACUACGACCUGCUGACCCUUAACGGCACCAAAGUGGCUGAAGGUCACAAAGCCAGCUUUUGUCUGGAGGACACCUACUGCCCUGAAGGUCUCCACAAGCGAUAUGCCUGUUACAACAUGGGCCAGCAGGGUAUUUCUGUGGGCUGCUGGGACACUUACCGCCACGACAUCGACUGCCAGUGGAUCGACGUCACGGAUGUGCGGCCUGGCGAAUACAUCUUCCAGGUGGAGGUCAACCCCUCCUUAGACAUGGCAGAGUCCGACUUCCAGAACAACGUGAUGCGGUGUCGAUGCAAGUACGACGGCGCCCGGGUCUACAUGUUCGGAUGUCACGCGGGCGAUGCCUACAGCGCCGAAGCGGAGGACCUGUUCGACCACCAACGGCAGAUAUCCAACAACUUCCUGUGAGCUGGGGAUCAUCGGAGAACAGAUCCGCUGUUUGAAACUUCACAGAAGCUUGAUGUGAGAACAGUGAACGUAGAGGAUCAGAACUGUUCGGUGGGGACUUUAGUGCCAAGACCAGAGAGUGUUCCAGUCGAGGAGUCAACGGGAGAGUUUCUGUACUCAGUUACCAGUUAAAGUACUCGAGUAGUUUCACGCUAUUCAUCAGCAAUGAGAUCGCAUUUCAGCAUUUACACCAACGACUGUGUUUUUUUUUUUUUUUCCAAGUGAGAAUUUCAUUUCCACGGUGCUACUUUCACUCUCAUGAAUAAAUAGUGUAAUGUAUUGCAAUGUUUUGUCAUGUACAGUUUUAUAUUACCUCUGCGGAGUCAGGUGCCUUAGUCCUCUAAUUUAUGCAGAAUUGUGAUGUCACAUUGUGAGACGUGUCUUUUGUGCUGUUCAUUUCACCACCACAAAUGCUUCUUUUUGUUUGCUGGGAUUCAGGUCGCGGCAGCAGCACUGCACGGUAGCAGACAAA